CCUUAUCAUAAUCCUUAUCAUAGAUAAAACCCGGUUGAUAGCAAGUUUUCUCAGUCGAAUGAAUAAAGCAUACUAUAGACACUAGUUAUAUUUCUCGCAUCCUUAAGUGAAGAACUAAACCCAAAUAGUGUUUCAGAAAAAAAAAAUGGCAGCUAGUUCACCUUGGACAGGUGUGUUGUUGUUCAGUUCACCAUCAUCCAUCCAAUCCAACCAUCAGUUGACCAUUAAUCGUGAGAAGAUUUUAGGAAAAGGAAAAUACGGCAUUGUUUAUGAAGGUGUUUGGGGUGAAACUAAAGUAGCCAUCAAACGAAUUCCUUUAGAUCAUGCCGCGAGCAGUAAAGGAGAGUUAAAUAUGCAAAUAGCUUUUGAUCAUGAAAAUGUCGUCAAGUUAUUCCACGUUGAGGAGGACGAAGACUUCAAGUGUUUUGCCCUUGAACUGUGCAAUGCCUCUUUGGAUCAACUAUUUCUUAAAGAAAAUGAUCCGAAAAAAUACCGUGGCCCAAUGCCGCAAAAAAUGGAAGUUCUUCUCCAAUUGGCUAAAGGACUCGAGUACAUACACACAAUGGAAUUAAUCCAUCGCGACAUUAAGCCAGAGAACGUUCUCAUUUGGGUGAAUCCAAACACUAAGCAGGUUUUGAUGAAAUGGGCUGACUUCGGUUUCAGCAAAAGUGUGAACGAAAAUGGAACUUUCACCAUGAGUGGAGUGAGGGGAACAUUCAAUUGGUUAGCACCAGAAAUAUUGGAACUAAUGGACGAGGCCAGUUUUGCAAAAAAAAAAACUCAGAAAAGAGGAACCGUCAAGAGCGAUGUAUUUGCAGAGGGUCUCGUCUUUGGCUACUUCCUUUCGGAAGGGGUUCAUCCCUUUGGCACCUCAAGUAUUCAAAUUCCAAUGAACGUACGAACGAAAAAACCGGCCUACCUUCCCAGUAAAUAUAAAAAACAAUUAAACAAAAUUACGAAUAUAAAUGUAGUCAAACAGACAUUCGUUUUUUUAUAGAAAGGAAAAAAAUUCGUAAUAUAAUCCAAAAAAUGUUAGAAAAAGCACCAGAGAACCGAAUUGCAUCGUCCGAUGUCGUUGCACUCCUCGAAGAAGAAAAGGAGGGAAGGGUAAAAGAGGUACGGUAAUAAACG